AUGGCUCCUAUAAAAUCCGUAGCAGUUAUUGGAGCCGGUCCAGCUGGGGCAAUAGCCGUUGAUGCUUUGGCGCAAGAGAAGGUAUUUGACAGAAUAAGAGUUUUUGAGCGGAGAGAGAAAGCCGGAGGAUGUUGGAUUGCCGAUCCAGAAGACCACAUCCAGCAAUAUCCAGACUUCGACAAGAUAGCAUCACGUACUGCGGAUGAGACUCUCCCCAUCCCCUCCAAACUUCCAACCAAAACACCUCACAGCACGCAGUACCGUUUCUCCGAGACUUCAAUCUAUCCAACCCUGGAGACAAAUAUAGAUGCAUUUGCCAUGUCAUUUUCUCAAGAGCCAUUCCCGGAAGAGAGAUCAGAAUUAAAUGUCAAGAGACAUGGAGAAGAUUCCCCGUUUCGGCAUUGGACAGCUGUGGAGGCGUAUAUUCAGAACCUGUUGAAUAGGAACGGGUAUCAGGACUGGGUUGCGUAUGAUACCACUGUUGAGUUGGUUCAGAAGGACGUGGAAAGUGGGAAAUGGAUUCUCACUCUUAGACAGCCGCUGGAAAAUGGAAAGGAGGAUAGAUGGUGGACUGAAGAGUUCGAUGCAGUGGUUGUUGCACCUGGACAUUAUACUGUCCCGUUCAUCCCCUUUACUCCCGGUCUAGCGGAAUUGGCGCGUGACUUUCCAGGAAUGGUAGAGCAUAGCAAAGCCUGGAGAGAGCCAGAGAAGUAUAGAGGAAAGCGAACAGUGGUAGUAGGAGCCAGUAUCUCAGGACCAGAUAUUUCACAUGCUCUUGCCGACAUAACAGAAGUUCCACUGAACUGUGUUGUACGAGGAAAAUAUCAUCCAUACUUCUUCGACUACGCAUUUCAACAUCCCAACAUCCUUCGCCGGCCACCAAUUACACAUAUCACCUCUAACCGAUCCACGAACGAACGAACAGUACAUUUCGAAGACGGCACAAGACUCGAUAACGUAGACCACAUAAUAUUUGGAACAGGCUAUUCCUGGACGCUCCACUUCCUCCCCGACCUCGCCUCAACAAUCCGCAACAACCGACUCCCCAAUCUCUAUCAACACGUAUUCUGGCAGCAGGACCCAACGCUCUGCUUCGUCGGUGCCGUAGCUGCCGGCUUCACUUUCAAAGUAUUCGAGUGGCAAGCCGUGCUCGCGGCCCGGUUUCUUGCCGGACGCAUCACUCUGCCUCCCCUAUCCGCCCAAAUACAAUGGGAGAAGGAUCGCAUCGCGUAUAAAGGGGAUGGUGUACCUUUCUCGGCGCUGUAUCCUGAUUUUGAGGAGUACUUUGAGGAGGUGAGAAAGAUGGCUGGUGAGCCGACAGAGGAUGGGAGGGGUAGGCGAUUACCUAGGUUUGAGGGGUGGUGGAGGGAGGGAUUUGAAAGCGGACAUUUGAGGAGGAUUGACAUGUGGAAACGAGCGAAUGAGGAGGCGAGGGCGAGGAUUGAGAGGGAGAAGGACGGAGUAGUUGGGGAAAAGGGUGGUGGGAGGGAUAGUAAUUUGUGA